UGCCCACGUUCUGCUGCAGAGGACAGAGCACCAGGAUGAGGAGACUGUAGGCACCCGCCAUAGUAUGGCCGCGUCUCGUUCCUCACGCGUCACAAGGUCGUCAGUGGGGCUCAAUGGAUUGGAUGAGAACUUUUGUGGUCGAACCCUCAGGAACCGCAGCAUUGCCCAGCCGGAGGAGACCUCUGUGUCUCCGCCAACUCGGGCCCGCUCGCCCAAGAAGAAGCAGGACGCCAAACAGGAGUCAAAACAGGACGGCAAGCAGGAAUCGAGACAUGACGCAAAGCAGGAAUCGAGACAUGACGCCAAGCAGGAAUCGAAACAGGAGUCGAAGCAGGACACCAAACAAGAUGUUAAGCAGGACGCUAAACAGGACACAAAGCAGGACGCCAAGCAUGAUACAAAGCAGGACACUUUGCAGGAUGACCAGCAGCAGGCCCCGUUGCAGGGAAAGGUAACUGACCCGGAUGUUUCUCCCUCUGAGGCGGAGCCAUGGACCAGCUCUAGGAAGCGGGGUUUGUCCUGUUUAGAAAAAGACAUUUGUCCCGAGAAGUCUGACAACUGUGAUAGAGUGAAAGGGGCGCGGGAUGCCUGUCCUCAAAUCAAAAGGGCCAAACGGUGCUCCCGCUCUGGAGAGACUCAGGGACACGAGGAGGACCCUGUGCCUCUGAAACCUGACAGUCCAGCCUCCGUCGCAGAGCUUAGCAAGGACAACAGUUGUGAAGAAUUUCCCAGCCAAAACGCUGUAAACACAGUUCCUGCCUCACCUGUCUUCAGUAAAGAGGAAGGUGAGCUGAUAGGUGGGAAGGUAGAGGACGGUCAUGUGGAGUGUGAUGUGGCAGCUCAGCCCCCGAAUGCUCACAAGGCCUCUAAUGGACUCGGUGAGAAUAAAGCAGAGGAACCUAGUACACUCACUGAAGAGCCUAGUGCAAAUCCCACCUCUGCCUCCAACUGCCCAUCGCUGCUCAAUGGUAGUCAGACAGGGGCUCCCUCAUCCCCUGACCCCGUUGUGCCUUGUAGAAACUCUGUCCCUGUGCAGAUGGAGGUGUCUGACACAAGGGAAUCGCCAGCCUCAUCUGCGCCAACAUUUGAGGCUGUUCCAGAGGAUCCUGUCCCUGAGUUGAUAGUGGCCAAGGAGGAGGAGGUGGAGGUUGACGUAGUGGGCGACCCGUUAUGUCUAGGCCAUGAGGAGCAGGUGACAGAGACUGAGAACGAUACCAAUGGCCGGCCGCUAACACCAGUGCAGGAAGCUGCUGCCUCCACCCUCUCCACUACCACCAACAUGAACAGUAGUCCAAUCAACAACAACAGCAGCAACUCAGGAGAAACUACACCCCCACUAGCAACAACCCCCUCCCCCACAGAGCCGGGGUGCAACCCCUCAAUAUCCAGCACGCCUCCCUCUUUUACAGAGCUCUACGAACAUAGAUACACCCUACGGACUUCACCCAGGAGGGCUGCCACCGGUGGCAAGGCCUCCUCCAAGCUCAACUCUCCUCCCAGAGACAAUGGGCCCUUUAGGGAAGAGGGGGAAGUGGUGGUGGUUGGGCUGGAGGAGGAGUGCCCUGUGGUGGAGGAACCUGCUCCCUCAGACUCUGUUGGCCCCUCCUGCGAGGAGCUGGUCUCCGUGGAUCCUGGGGACGGGGCAGGUGGUGAGGAUGGUGGGCCUGUGGGGGGCAAAGAGGCAGAGAGAAGCCAAGAGCUGACACAGAGCCAGGCUACGGAGGAGGAGGAGGAGGAGGAGGAAGAGGAGGAGGAGCCAGACGUGUAUUACUUUGAGUCGGACCACCUGGCUCUUAAACACAACAAAGAUUAUCAGAGGCUGCUGCAGACCAUUGGAGUUCUCGAGGCCCAGCGAACACAGGCCAUCCUGGACUUGGAGACGUUGGCGCGUCACCAGAGAGAGGCUCUCGCCGAUCCCAUCAGCUUUGUGGAGCAGCUUCAGAAACGGGUGAAUUUGGGCAUGCCGUGUCCUCAGCGAGUGGUCCAGCUUCCUGACAUUGCAUGGGAACAGUACACCUCAGGCCUCUGUGACUUUGAGAGAGAGUUCUGCGACAAGAAACGCAAAACCAGGCGGCUAAAGCUGAUCUUCGACCAAGGUUUGCCUGCUCGACCAAAAAGUCCCAUGGAGCCCAAGAAGGAAGGUGAAUCCUCCACCAUGUACUCCUCUUUGCCCACUAGUGACUCCUUGGAGAAUGGCAGGCAAACACAGAUGAUCAGAGGGAGGAUUUGUCACCCAAACAAGCCUGACACAUUUAACCAGCUGUGGACUGUGGAGGAACAGAAAAAACUGGAACAGCUUCUUGUUAAGUUUCCACCAGAGGAAGUAGAGUCCAGAAGAUGGCAGAAGAUUGCUGAUGAGCUCGGCAAUCGCACAGCAAAACAGGUUGCCAGUAGGGUUCAAAAGUACUUCAUCAAACUGACAAAAGCUGGAAUCCCUGUGCCUGGAAGAACACCCAACCUGUGCAUGUACACUAAAAAGGCAUCCAGUAAGAGGCAGCACCACCUAAACAAGCACUUGUACCGGCCGUCUACUUUCCUGACCUCCUAUGAGCCUCCGGUUUACAUGGACGAAGAUGAUGAGCGCUCGGCGUAUUACAGCAGCAUGCAAGACCCCUCUGCUGAUGACUCGGAUGAGGAAGGAAUACCUGUGGAGUUGAGAAAUUUGCCAGAGUACAAAGAGCUUUUAGAGCUAAAGCGACUGAAAAAACAGACGCUCCAGGACAUCCAGGAGGACAAGGCCGGGGUGCGGCAUAUAGGCUACAAGUGUGACGUCUGUGGCAUGGAGCCCAUCCAGGGAGUGCGGUGGCACUGUCAGGAUUGUCCACAGGACAACUCAGUUGAUUUCUGCUCCAACUGCUCCGACUGCUUGUUCAAGACAGAGACCCACAAGCCUAACCACCACUUGGAACCGGUGCACACGACAGACUCUUGUCUGGACAGGGACUACUGCCUGCCGCAGAGCACAGGCUACAACUACCUGGACCCUAACUACUUUCCAGCCAACAGAUGACAGGGUCCCAGGUGCCUCUAGCUCCAGGCUCUCUCCACAUAUCCCACAGGCCACUCUGUGCAUGGCUCCAUCGUCCAAGUCCAAGAUAACCGCUUAACCCGCCGCCAGGCAGGCAGACAGCCAGGGGCCUCAGAGCAGACCACGGUGCUGCUGGUGGGGGGGCUGUUGGUAAACUGUCCCCCCUGACUCAAGCAAAGGGUGGCCAUGUUGGUUCCUCAGAACAAGGGGGCCCUCCCGCUCCACCUCAGCCAGGUUAAUCAAUGGAUCUGUGAUUUGAAAUGAUACACUAUUUUUAAAAAACAAACAAAAGAAAACCAGAAGGCACACCGACAUUCCCGAGCUCUGUGACUCCAGGAGGGCUGUCCCUUUUCCCUCUUUCCUUCACCGCCCUCCAGUUACCUCCCCGUGCUGCUUCGAAACUGGAGAGGUGACGAUCAGUAUGGUGAAGUGCCACCUAAUGGAGAUGUGUGGUCAUAGUGGACUGUGAAGUCAUCAACUGAGAUACACAAAGGUGGUUUGUGUGUGUGUGUGUGUGUGUGUGUGUGUGUGUGUGGUCUCUGUGUUAUGCAAGAGUGAAUAAAUGUUCUAGCUAGGUAUCCGUAGAUUGAGUUAUUUAUGAGUCACGGCUUCCUCGGCGGGAGUUGCGGCUGCUGCGAGAGGAGUUAGGCAGUGUGGAACUUGAUGCCGAGGUCGGUGUAUUUUUGGCUGCAGACAGUAGGAAGUUCUGCUGAUCCACAUGGCGUUCUGCAGACACACCUGUAUGUGUUAACUGGAUUGUGCUCCAUGUUUCAGCAUGGAGACAUCCCUACCACUGUCACACAACGCUGCUCCCCCCCCCCCCCCCCCCAACACGCACGCAGACACACACUUUUAUCUGUAUUUUCUUUCCCUUUGCUCUCUCCACUAAAACAUGUCUAACAAGGAAGCACUACAGCACGGAGAGCAAAUGUUUUUGAACGGCAGACCUUGCAGUUGAGUGGGAACGUAUGGGAAAGCACAGACUGUGUUUUGGUUUUUCAUUAUUUUUUCCCCCCUCCUCCCCCGAUGUGUGCUGUUGUUGAUCAUGUUGAGUGUACAAGUAUAUGGUGAAAAGUAGCCAGCAAUAGUUGCUGUGUGCCAUUUUUAAGAGGUUUUUUUUCUGUUUUUUUUUUUCUCGGUUUUCUGGAGGAAUUCCACCUCUGAACCUGGCCAACUUCUCUCUUCACCACCAUCGACCCACGUGGUCCCACAUUAUUGAUCCAGUCAUCAUGCCUCUAGAUCUCCUUUAAUUUUGCAGUCCACUUUAAAAGGUCCAUUUAAAAGAUUGUAUUUUUAUUAAUCUAUUUAAAAAAAAAAAAAAAAAAAGAAUUGAGGUAGAGGUUGGUGCCUCCACAGUGGAACAACCCACACAAUUUUAUACACAUAGAUUUUGUUGUGUUUGAGUAGACACCAUUUUGUAUGGUUUUCGUCUCCUUCCCUCACCCCCUUUCCCCUGCUUCAAUAUCUGUGUAUAACAGUCUGUUCUUAUGUAAAAAAAUAAUAAUAAUAAUGUAAAAAAAAAAAAGCUAGAGGAGAAUCGUGGAAAUAAAAGUAUGUGAAAAUAGUGUUUCUA